UUGCCAAUGAGGGGAUAAUUGUCCGAUUUGCGGAUAAUUUCGAGUACUUGGGGAUCCUGAAAUUUUGCGGAUAAUUUUCGGACAUUUUCGCAGUCGCGGAACUAAUCCUGAACGCAUUCAGAGCAACUUCACAUGCGCGCAUGCGCUCUUUAAAAUGUGUCUAGUGCGCCGAGGAGCACCGUGAAAAUUACUAAAUGUUCUGUGUUUUGACUGUUUUGUGAUCUAACCUAACUCAUCUCACUCCAACUAGUCCAACUGUCGAUCUGUAAAAUAAAUACCGGAAAGGCGGGAAAAAUAUGUUGUCUGCUUUUAAAUAAAUUGAAUUCCUUAUAGAUUGAAUUGUUUCAAAGGAGCUCGUUAUAGGUGAAUAUCACUGAAACUGUGUUUGAGUGAAGUCAAAAUAUAAUGGAUAGGUGGCUGCAUAAGUCUGAUUCGAAGAAAUAUAAUGAUCUAGACCAAAUACAAACAAUCACUUCUCAAGAAGAUCCUGAUGGUGAUGGUAAUAGACAAGAGAUGAAUACUAAGAACAAGAACACAUCAUCUGCAUCAUCAUCUUACGACUCCGAUUCAGAACAAAGUUCAACCCAACUUCAAGGUGUUGAAGCGAACCCGAAAGGAUACAUUUACAUCUUCGAAAUUGAGAAAAUAUAAGUUUUGUACCAACUGGCUGGAAUUACCCGAAAUGAAAACUUGGCUGUCUAAAUCUAAAUCAAGUGCAGAUCCAAAUGGACAUGAAAUGGCUUUUUGCAAAGUGUGUAAAUGUGACAUUUUGGCACAUAAGAGUAUUUUGAAAAAACAUGCAUUCAGUGAAAAACAUAAAACGAACUUGAAACAAGUGAGUAACAACACAAAGCUCACUGACAUUUUCAAAAAUAAUUCCUUGGAAACAAAUAUUAGAAAUGCAGAAAUAAAGCUGUGUGGGCUUUUAACUACAAACAAUUUGCCUUUUCUUUUAAUGGACAUAUUGUCUCCUCUACUUACCAAUAUAUUUCCAGAUUCACAAAUUGCUAGACAUUUGUCCAUUAAAAGAACAAAGGCAACAGCUGUAGUUUACGAAUGUGGUAAUAUUUUUUUAAAUAACUUAUACAAGAAGCUACAGGAACCUGGCUGUUUUUUUUCACUAAUAUUAGAUGAAACAACUGAUAUAUCUGCUAAAAAGCAGUGUGCAUAUUCUGUUAUAUAUUUUGAUGAAGAAAAAUAUAGAAUAGUAAAUAGAUUUUUUGAUAUCACUGAAAUGGAAGGAAGUACGGCAGAUGAUAUAUUCACUUCUUUAAUACUAACACUUCAAUCAAAAAAUAUUCCAUUUUCAAAUUUAGUGGGUUUUGCAUCUGAUACUCCUAAUGUAAUGGUAGGACAAUACCACUCAGUUUUCUCAUUGAUAAAAGAUGUGAAUCCUAAUAUUGUGUGUGUGAAAUGUUCCUGUCAUAUGGUGCACCUGGCUGCUUCAAAAGCUUGCUUGAAAUUACCGCGAUCUGUAGAAGAUCUUCUUCGCAACUUGGGCAGUCAUUUCAAUAGGAGUUCAGCAAGGCAGCAAAAAUUCAAAGAAUUUCAAAUAUUUUUUCGAACAGAAAUUCAUAAGAUUCUUUCUCCAGCGGUGACACGUUGGUUAUCGUUGAAGGCAUGCGUCGAUCGUGUUCUCGAACAGUAUGAACCUUUGAAAGCCUAUCUAAGAGAAACAGUCUUUGAAGACCCUUCUAUCACUACUGAAAACAUGUUGACUACGAUGGACAAUGAAUUUACCAAGCUUUACUUAGAAUUCAUGUCCUACAGUUUGGAUCUGUUAACUAGUUUUAAUUUAUUAUUCCAAUCUGAGAAGCCCCUUCUUCACAAAGUGAAACCAGAAACAGAAAAAUUAUUGAAAACUUUGUGUAGUAAUUAUAUGGAAAUAUCUUCCUUCAAAAAACAAAAUAUUUUCACUAUGAAUCAUAGAAAUUCAAGAAAUUUUGUACCUUUAAAUAAUAUUUAUUUAGGAAUUCAAGCAAGUCAAAGUUUAGAAACCAUGAAACAGAACCCUGAUGUGAAGGAGAAAGAUUUAGAAAAAUGUUUGACAACUAUAUUAGAAUUUUACAUUGAACUGGUUUCUAACAUAAAGGAGCGCUUUCGUUUUGAUGAUCUAAUUUAUGAUAUUCUUACAGUAGUGGAGCCUUUGAAUGCCCAAUCGUUCAGUACCAAAUCUUUAAAGCAUGUGUUAGAUAGAUUUCCUUUUUUAAAUGAAUAUGUAGAUAUUCAAACUCUUGAUAAUGAAUGGAGACAGCAUGCUCUUUUAGAUUAUCAAGCAUUAAAUUUGUCUGUUAGUAGUGCUGAUCAGUAUUGGAAAACAAUUUUCAAUUUGAAAAACAGUGCUGAUAUGCCGAUCUUUCCGAAUUUAAAAAAAGUUAUGUCCAUGUUACUCAUACUGCCAUUUUCCAAUGCAUCGGUUGAAAGAAUUUUUAGUGAUUUAUUCAAUAUUAAAACUGACAAGAGAAAUCUUUUUUGA